AUAUUUUGGCCACUGCCCACAAGCAUAGAUUCUCUCUAUGUUGCAAAUCUCUCUUAAGGGAUGGAUGAUUGUGCUCUUCUCUGCCUUGAUUCUCUCUGCUAUUGAAAAGAUUUUUUGCUUUUGUCAUUGUCUUUACCACUUCCUUUUCAAGGAUGCCCCUCUCUCCAUCCUUUUUGAGUUUUCUUAGGCAAUUUUGGGCUCAAGGUGUAGCAAUAUUCACCUGUUUUAGUUUUAUUCUAUUUCCACACUGCGUCACUGCCCAUUUGGUUAUAAAUAGGCAACACCAUUCUGGGGUUUUUCCAUUGUAUUGCCUCUUCUCAAUCCUUGCCAUAGGGUGGGCUGUUUAGUGCAGUUUCUCAACUGGGAAAACAAAACAUGAGCUAUUCACAUCAUUCCAUGGGCUCUGGAAGUAGAACUACUAGAAGGUCAUUUGACUUUGGAAGGACGCAUGUGGUUCGACCAAAAGGGAAACACCAGGCAACUAUAGUGUGGCUUCAUGGACUCGGUGACAAUGGCUCCAGCUGGUCCCAGCUCUUGGAAAGUCUUCCUCUUCCAAAUAUAAAAUGGAUUUGCCCAACUGCUCCAACUCGUCCUGUCGCUUUACUUGGGGGAUUUCCUUGCACUGCAUGGUUUGAUGUGGGUGAGCUUUCAGAAGAUGGUCCGGAUGAUUGGGAGGGUUUAGAUGCUUCAGCAGCACAUAUUGCAAACUUGUUGUCGACGGAGCCAUCUGAUGUUAAGGUGGGUAUCGGAGGCUUUAGUAUGGGUGCUGCGAUGGCCCUUUACUCUGCAACUUCUUGUGCUCUGGGAAGGUAUGGAAAUGGCAACCCAUACCCCAUCAACCUAACGGUAGUUGUUGGACUAAGUGGAUGGCUACCAGGUUCAAGGGGCUUAAGGAACAAAAUAGAAGUAUCACAUGAAGCUGCAAGGCGCGCGGCAUCCUUGCCAAUUUUGCUCAGCCAUGGAACUUGUGAUGAUGUUGUCCCCUUCAAAUUCGGAGAAAAAUCUGCCCAUUCCUUGAAUAUAGCAGGAUUUCAAUACCUCACUUUUAAAACCUAUGAGGGCAUUAUUGGUUUUGAUUUGGAUGUGCAGGAUUGGUCAUUACACAGUUCCUAAAGAGAUGGAUGAGGUCUGCAAUUGGCUUACAGCAAGGCUGGGGCUUGAGGGGUCCCGCUAAAUGUAGCACAGGAUCAGUUUCUAGUUGGAGGUCAUGGAGGAAGAAAGAAGAGUGAAAUAAUAAUUGGGAAAAAGAGAUAAAGCUGUAUGUACAAGUAGUCAGUAAACAAAAAGGGUGGUCGUUGGGUAUAUGGUAUAGUUGAAUUAGCCCUCUUUAAAUCCUUUUUUGUGUCUUUCACCUGUCCUGAAAAUAAAGUUUUGGAUGCGUUUUCAUGUCAAAUGCAGGAUGUAGAUGGUAAUAGCCUAUUUCUGUUGUACUUUCAGAGAAUUUUAAUAUUAGUUAUAAUCUGAUAUUUGAAAUCAGUGGCAUCCUGUUUUCCUUUC